GGUUGCUUUCACACUUGUUAUUGUUGCGGAAUGAGCGAAUGAGGAAUAGGAGGGGAAGAGAAUUUCGGUUUCCUAGAUCUACUUCAAAGCCAAGCACAUUAACACUGUGAUGGUCAAAAUGACUGUGAUGUCGGUCUUCAUCAUUUGAAGAAAUAUCAUCGUUCAUCAGUGCUCGAACUUUCUCUUUGGCGGAAGUGAAUAUAUAACAAGAGGUCACAGAGUGAAAGAGGUCUAUAUUUUUUCCAACCGACAUGGCUGAUGACUAUUAUUUGGACGAUAUGGAUCUAGACAUGUCAGACGAUCCUUAUGAUCAGCUGACGGAAGAAGACAUUGUCGAUUUCCUAGAGAAUCACGAUGGAGAGCUCACCCCUGAAAUGAUGGAGCUGCUGGAGGCUUACAGGAAUGGCGUGGAUCAUUCUCCCUUGGAAUACUCUCGGAUCCCUGUCAGCGAAAUGAUAGAGAACUGCCUGACCCCCACCCUCGGCCAAGCUCUCCAGACCCUGCUUCCACUGUUUGUCUUGUGUUUGACGUUUCGUUUGUUGAAUCGUCUGGCUCAUGUCGGAAGCAGCAAAGAAACUGGUUCCCCACACUGGCUAAUUCACCUUGGAAGUGCCAUCUUCGGCGUCAUGGCUCUCAACUCUUUCUUCCAAAUGAGUUUGCUGUACCUUGUGGUCGCUUGUGCUCUCAGCUACCAGAUUUUUGUCCUGGUCUGCAUCUGGGGCCGCGAGUGGUCAGGGCUGGCCGGUGCUGUCUUUGUGGUCGUCUUUGCUGUCAGCUGGUACGAGUUUUUUGCUUUGUCUCAUUGCAAUAGUUUAAAAAAGGCAUUGUAGCGACAGCAUACAUACUGGCUUACGCACGCGCGCGCGCACACACACACACAUAUGUACGCAUAUGGACGCACACACACAAUGAGAUUGGGCUGGCCGCAAAGUUGGUAUCGCUGGGGAGUGAGUCAUCGCUCACUGUUGUAAGUGUGUUGUCUUUUUCAUUCUAUUCCUUCUUUACAAUUUUGUCUUACGAUAAAGAAGGUUGUGUUGAUGUCAUUUCCUUCACUCUACAGCUUAUACAUUUCAGUUUCUCUACUCUUGUGAGUUGGUAUGAGUUUUCAUUUUGUCUCAUUGCUUGACUGAACACAGACAUUUAAAUUUGAAUUUCUCUGCUCUUGUAAGUUGGUAUGAGUUUUCCUUUUGUCUCAUUACAUGACUGUAAACAGACUUUUAAAUUUCAAUUUCUUUGCUCUUGAAUGAGAGGUCUCAACUUGUGGAUACCAUUUCUUUGGGAAAAUACAUAGGAAAUUUUUAAAAACCCAGUAUAAUGAUCACAAGACGGU